AUACUACUACCACUAUCACCACCACCACCACUAACGACACUUUUCUUCUCCGAUCUCACCACCUCAAAGCCGCAGAGGGAGCGUCCCCCUCUCCAUCCUUAGCCGCUAAGCAAGGCGGGAGUAACCCUAGCUCCAGCUCCGGCUCCGGAGCCGGGCGCCUUCCGCGCGGCCGAUGUCGUCGCCGACCGCCGCGCCGGCGCCAACCUCGCCCCCGGCGCCGCCGGCCAACGCCACCGCGCCUCCCCCGGCCACCCCGUCGGCGCCUCCCCCGGCGACCCCCUCACCAUCGCCGCCGGCCCCCGCCAACCCGCCGCCGGCCUCCGUCCCGCCGCCGGCAGCGCCCUCGGCCUCCCCUCCCGCGCCGUCCUCCACCCCGGCCACCCCAUCGGCACCGUCCCCGUCACCCCCGGGCUCCCCCGCCGCCCCUUCCCCGCCUUCUGACACGCCCUCUCCGCCUUCGCCAGAAGGGAGGUCCCCGCCCUCGUCCGGUGGCGGGGGGAAAUCGCCGUCCACGCCAGGCCACAACAACCCGUCGCCCAAAUCGCCGCCUCACUCCUCCGGUGGCGGUGGCUCCGGGGUGUCCACGUCGGUGGUCGUCGGCGUGGCUGUCGGUGGCUUCGUGCUGCUGCUGCUCGCUACCUUCGUCUGCCUCUGCUGCCUCCGGAAGAAGCGCCGCCGCCAGCCUCCACCUCCGCACUACGGUUACCCGCCGCCUCCUCCGCAGCAGUACAAAGACGAUACUUAUGGAGCAACAUACCAGAAUUGGCACAAUAAUGUUCCUCCUCCUCCGCCUGAUCAUGUGGUUAAGAUGCACCCAUCACCUCCUCCAGCAUAUGCCAAUCGUCCUCCACAGGCACCGCCGCCGCCUCCACCCCCUAUGAUAAACAGCAGUGGUGGGUCAGGUUCUAAUUACUCAGGUGGUGAGAUCCUGCCUCCACCAUCCCCUGGCACCGCCCUUGGCUUCUCGAACUCAAAGAGCACAUUCACUUAUGAUGAGCUGGUGAGGGCAACCGAUGGGUUCUCUGAUGCUAAUCUCCUCGGACAAGGUGGUUUUGGAUAUGUUCACAAAGGAGUGCUGCCUAAUGGCAAAGAGAUUGCUGUGAAGCAAUUGAAACUUGGGAGUGGCCAGGGAGAGCGCGAGUUCCAGGCGGAGGUUGAGAUUAUCAGCCGUGUUCAUCACAAGCAUCUUGUGUCUCUGGUUGGUUACUGCAUCUCUGGGGGGAAGAGGUUGCUUGUAUAUGAGUUUGUCACCAAUAACACAUUGGAAUUCCACUUACAUGGAAAAGGCCGUCCAACGUUGGAGUGGCCCAUAAGACUAAGGAUUGCCCUAGGUGCUGCCAAGGGUUUGGCAUACAUUCACGAAGAUUGCCACCCGAAGAUCAUACAUCGUGAUAUAAAGUCAUCAAACAUUCUUCUUGAUUUUAAAUUUGAAGCUAAGGUUGCGGAUUUUGGUCUGGCAAAGUUCACCUCUGAUAAUAACACACAUGUGUCAACAAGAGUAAUGGGCACUUUUGGGUAUCUAGCACCAGAAUAUGCGUCUUCUGGAAAGCUAACUGAGAAAUCAGAUGUCUUUUCCUUUGGAGUGAUGCUUCUUGAGUUGAUAACUGGGCGCCGGCCUGUUGAUUCAACCCAAACAUAUAUGGAUGACAGCUUGGUUGACUGGGCAAGACCUUUACUGAUGCGAGCACUUGAGGAUGGUAACUAUGAUGAGCUAGUGGAUGCUCGUCUGGGGAAGGAUUUCAAUCCUAAUGAGAUUGCCAGAAUGAUAGCAUGUGCUGCUGCAUGUGUACGCCAUUCAGCCCGUCGUCGCCCUCGAAUGAGUCAGGUUGUUCGGGCCUUAGAAGGUGACGUGUCUUUGGAGGAUCUUAAUGAAGGUGUUCGGCCUGGUCAUAGCCGCUUUUUUGGAUCAUACAGCAGUUCCGACUAUGAUUCUGGGCAGUACAACGAGGACAUGAAGAAGUUCAAGAAGAUGGCCUUUACGACGAAUGACUACACGAGCAGCCAAUACAGCGCGCCGACGAGCGAGUAUGGUCAGAUACCAUCUGCAUCAAGCAGCGAGGGCCAGCAAACUCAAGAAAUCGAGACGGGGACAAUGAAGAAAGGUGGCCACAGUGGCUACAGUUCAGGAUACAGCGGGCCGUCGUGAGGGAACUCUUCUUCUUUUUGACUUCUCCAUGGGUGCAAUUUGUAAAGUCCGGUUGAAUUUAUAUGCUGACUUGUGUGCGAGGAAGGGAAGUAUAGCUUCUGGUAGCUGCAGUUGUUGAUUCUUUCAUAUGUUGUUGACCGAUCUUUUGCUGUGUAAUUCAAAAGAGCUAAUUGAGUGCUGUAUACUGUUGAUACCCACUCAGACUCAGGGUUGAGUAAGAGUAGCCCAACGAUUCUUUUUA